AGGGCAGAAGGGCUGGAGCUGCGCGCGGAGUAGUCUGGGAAAUGUAGUCUGACCUGGAGGAAGCGAACGAGAGUGCGCAUGUUGAGGAGCGCUCAGCCGCCCUCGGAACACUGAAGGAAUGCUGGGAGUCCCUGCACCGCGAAACUUCAGGAGGGGACUGAGAUGGAGUGGGGACUACAGAGGGGAGUGGAUUCUGGGGUUCCGGCUGCGCAGCUAGACCUUGAGCCUCAGCAGAGGUCUGAGAACCCCCUGUGCUGUCACGCGAGCUUUCCAAUCGCCACCAUUGCCACGGCGACAGAUCUCUUAAGCACCCUAAAGUAGUGGCGCUUAAAGUGUGGUAGACUUCUGGGAAAUGUAUUUCCGGACCCUCCUCUACUUGUUUAGUGGCUGUUCCAAGUUUCUCCUAGGGUUUCGAGUUGACUUGGCACCCUGAGGCAGCAGAGGUGUGACCCACAGAAAUCUAACUGCCUCUAAGUUGACGCCACCCCAAUAAUAAAUUCAGAUUUUCACAAAGUCCCAGUUGCAGAAAGUAUGGAGGGAAGGGAAGUCAGCCCUAUUUGCAGGGACCUGAGACCUGAUCUGGUACUCCUGAUGAGACCCACUGUGCUGGGUUCCCCAGGCCGUGCACCCCCAGAAAAUGAGCCUGUUGUGGUGAAGCUGGAGGACACUGAGGAGGAGGAAGAAGGCAGUCUGUGGGACCCGGGCCCUGAGGCUGCACGUCUACGCUUCCGGUGCUUCCGUUAUGAGGAGGCAAUUGGCCCUAGGGAAGCCCUGGCCCAGCUCCGAGAGUUGUGUCGCCAGUGGCUCCGCCCAGAGGUACACUCCAAGGAACAGAUGCUGGAACUCUUGGUGUUGGAACAGUUUCUAGGUGCACUGCCUCCUGAGAUACAGGCCCAUGUGCAAGGGCAGUGGCCAGGCAGCCCUGAAGAGGCUGCUGCCUUGGUUGACGGACUUCGAUGGGAGCUGGAUGGACCUCGGAAAUGGGUCACAGUCCAGGUACAGGGAAAGGAGGUCCUAUCAGAAAAGAUGGAACCCUCCAGCUUCCAGCCUUUCCCUCACAUCAAGCUCCAGACUCCAGAGCCUGGGGCUGAAACUCCCCCUAAGGCCAUGCAGGAAUUGCCAGUGAACCUUCAAAUGAAAGAGGAGGAGACAGAGGUGAUGGAGAAUCCAGAACUCCUGGAUUCUGGGCCUCUUCCUGCUGCCCAAGAGGCUACAGCUGCCCUCCUACCUAAGGAGGCCCAGGGCCAUGGGACAGCACUGGACCAGAUCUCUCCUCACAGCGACACUGAGCCUGAUGUGGCCCCAUGGAGUGAGGACCCUGUAGCCCUGUGGCAAGAGGAAGUAGGGGGCAUCUUCUCACCAGGGUUUGCGCUUCAGAUGGACACGGCAGAGCCAGAAACGGUGAGCCCCCACCUCCAUGUUCCCUGGGAUCUCGACAUGGCUAGCCUCUCUGGACAGAUGCAGUCCCCCUCCCGAGAAGGUGGCUCCGCCCAUGCCCUCGUGCUCCCCAGCAACCCGGGAGGUGAACAGGACCCUGCCUGCGAGAAUCCCUGCCCCGGUGUGGGCCCAGCACUGGUGGCGACUCGCAGGCAUGCCCCAAAGAGCCGGAGCCGGGGCCGCCCUAGUACCGGGACUGGAGCGGUGCGAGGCGGCCGCUGUGACGUGUGUGGCAAGGUUUUCAGUCAGCGAAGCAAUCUGCUGCGGCACCAGAAGAUCCACACGGGUGAGCGACCGUUCGUGUGUGGCGAGUGCAGCCGCAGCUUCAGUCGCAGCUCUCACCUGCUGCGCCACCAGCUCACGCACACCGAGGAACGGCCUUUCGUGUGCCGUGACUGUGGCCAGGGCUUCGUGCACAGCGCGCGCCUGGAAGAGCACCGGCGAGUGCACACUGGUGAGCAGCCAUUCCGCUGCGCAGAGUGCGGCCAGAGCUUUCGGCAGCGCUCCAACCUACUACAGCACCAGCGCAUCCACGGUGACCCGCCCGGCCCAGCGCCACUCACCCUGCCCCUCCCGGGAGUUCCCGAGCCCCCGGGCCCCUUCCCGUGCAGCGAGUGCUGUGAGAGCUUCCCACGCCGUGCAGUGCUGCUAGAGCACCAGGCGGUGCACACUGCGGACAAGUCCUUUGGAUGCGUGGAGUGCGGCGAGCGCUUUGGCCGCCGCUCGGUGCUGCUGCAGCACCGGCGCGUGCACAGUGGCGAACGGCCCUUCGCCUGUGCCGAGUGCGGCCAGAGCUUCCGGCAGCGCUCCAACCUCACCCAGCACCGGCGUAUCCAUACCGGCGAGCGGCCCUUCGCCUGCGCCGAGUGUGGCAAAGCCUUCCGCCAAAGGCCCACACUCACGCAGCACCUGCGUGUGCACACAGGCGAGAAGCCCUUCGCCUGCCCCGAGUGUGGCCAGCGCUUCAGCCAGCGACUCAAGCUCACGCGCCACCAGAGGACCCACACGGGCGAGAAGCCCUACCACUGCGGUGAGUGCGGCCUCGGCUUCACGCAGGUGUCCCGGCUCACUGAGCACCAGCGCAUCCACACAGGUGAGCGUCCUUUCGCUUGCCCCGAGUGCGGCCAGAGCUUCAGGCAGCAUGCCAACCUCACCCAGCACCGGCGCAUCCACACGGGCGAGCGGCCCUACUCGUGCCCCGAGUGUGGCAAAACCUUCCGCCAGCGGCCCACGCUCACGCAGCACCUGCGCACCCACCGGCACGAAAAGCCCUUCGCCUGCCAGGACUGUGGCCGCCGCUUCCGCCAGAGCACCAAGCUCAUUCAGCACCAGCGUGUGCACAGCACUGAGUAGGUCAAAAACACCUCACACUGUUGUUGUGAGGCUGGCAUCGACAACAGGCCCGCUGAGGGCCAGGUCUUCAGUAGGUACUCAAUAAAUAGAUGAUGCUUCCCCACCUGCACGGUUCUUCUGCCCACCUUAUGGCUGUUUCAGCUUGGGCAUAUCCUCUGAGCCUUGGCCUUCCGUAUACUUCCCAAGUAACCGUACCUACCACACCUGCUCUCUUGUGGGAUAUACUCUGUACCAUACCUCUGGCUUUUACAAUAGGACUCAGAUGGUGAAAAGUAGCCACACUCACACAAAAAAAUUAACCAGGGUCUAGUCGAGAGAGCUACCUGGACGGUGGUGGCCCAUGCCUUUAAUCCCAGCAGUCUGGAGGCAAAAGCAGUUGGAUAUCUGUGAGUUCGAGGACAGUCUGGUUUACAAAGUGAG